CGGCGAACAUGGUUGAAGAAAGUCGGAUGUACUUCACCAUAUGCUUGAUGUUAUCGCAUGGUGCGUGCUUUACUCUUGUCAUUUUUUACACAGUAAACGGUUGUCUGUAGUAAAGUGAAAGUAAACGAGAAUUAUUUGUUCAUGAAAUCACUGCUGCAUCAUGCAAUUAUUACCUGCAGAGAGCAGAUUAUAGUAAAGAUUAAGCAGGAGCUCUAGGGAGGGCAAAAUACUACGACAUCUUCAAGUGCACCAAUCACAUUACAAUCACAAGUUCCUCAAACCAUAAACACUUACCUUCCGGAUCUGCAUUCAAUAUGAGUCUGUCUGUCUGAAUGGAGAGGAGAGGGAAACAGUGUUGCGUUUAAGUGGGCCAAUGAAGCAAUCGAAUGCAAAGGAAUUUCUUUCUGAACCUAGACCUUUUUAACAAUGUACACUUGGCGGUGUUUCUUCGCCAUUGUAUUUGUACUUGUUUGGUACUUCUCGGAGUUUGGACACAUAUGGACACAAGCAUUCGUUUGUUUUUUAUGCUUUUUCAAUUUACCUUUCAAAAAGCAAGACCGUGAAACAAGCACUCAGACGGACGACACACUUGAAGAAACAGAACAACAGACAAAGAAAGCUCACCAUGUUGGUGUCAGUGAUGAGACUGAUGCAGCCAGAACCGCACAAACUGAGUCUGAGACAAAGCAUUAUCCAAAUGUACAGAGGUCACUCCUCCAGGUGUUUAAAUGUGCCUAUGUUAACCUGGUCCAGCCGUGGUACAAAGUCCCAGAACUUGGCGACAGUCAGCCCCUUCAUAGGGCACUACAGACGGAGUUUAACCUGGUAGUCGAGAGAGUCAUUUGCAAGGCAAAGAACUUCGAUCUGUCUGCUACCAGUGUGGGUUGUAUUAGGAUCUUCACUCAGCACCUGCAUAAUGCAAAGCAGUCAGAUGGCUCUCCAGUGUUCGGUUCAAGGUCUGAGGAGAUGGCAGUCCUCAGGACAUUUUCUGAAGCUCUAGUGCGAAACCUUUUUCCUGAGUACCUUUGGGAAGCAAAACUCUACCAGUGUGUCCUAACUGAGAUUGUUGCUACAAAAGCUCUUGAUGUGCUUGUGACAUGCCUCUGUAAUCCAGACAACCUGAAUCAGAUGGUGGUUUUGCAGCUGGAUAGCGUAACCUUUAAAAGCUCAACAGGAGACCUGCUAAACUCAGAUAGGGAAGGCACACCAUCUUCCAUGGGAAGUGAAGAAGCAGAAGUAGUGACAGAUGAAGCAGAGGAUGGUCGCUCUGAAGACACAAAAGAAAAGAAGAAGGGCAAUAGGAUCAAAGAACGAUUUUCUAAAUUUGUUGAUAAGGUCAAGUCAAAGAAAGCCCAAAAGAAAAACCAUAAGAAGAAGAAGAAGGAGAAGCAAGAGCUUUUACAGAGGGCUUUAUCAGCACGAAGAUCUGCUGUUAUUGAAGAUGAUAGUGCAAGGAGCAGAGAGGGCUCCAUUAGAAGUGGCAUGGACUCAGAUUAUGGCAGUGAAACGGAUGUUUACCUAACAACAUAUGUGCAAGAAGAUAUGAUGGAGUUCAGGCUUUCCUAUGAGAUGUGGCGGGUGGGGAAGUGGGCAGUCCGUGUUACAAAUGUUCAAAAGGAAAAUGAAGAGCUUUGUUUCACGCUUCACCUGGAGGAGAAAAAUAACCCUGAGAAUCUCAACUGGGAUGUAAAAAAGUCCCAGUCAGAUGUACAUAAUUUUUGCAGCCUCUGGCAGGAUACUUCCACUUUACCCUCUAUAUCUGCAAUAGUAGAGAAAACAAAGCAGGAUCUUGAUGGUGCAUAUGCAGAAGAAGUUGGAUCAGCCUUGGAGCACUUUUUACAAGAGCUGGUUUCUGAUGCACAGCAUGGACACACUCAGCCUGUGUUCCAAUUCUUGUGUCCCAUUGUACAGCUGCUGAGUAAUAAGGACCAUAAGGGAGGUGUAUGGAGUUUUCUGAAUGGACUUGCAAGCUUUCUUAAUCCUAGCCAAGAUGAGGAUGAGUCACAUAAUCCCAGAGGAGAAGAAAAGCUCUAUGGAGCAGGAGCCUCAGUACAUAACAGUGGACAGUCGACAGGACAGCCAGCCUGCAUCGACACAGAUGAAGAGCCAAAGGGGGGCAUUGUAGAAGUACCAGUAACUACAAACGUUAGGUUUUGUAACCCUAGUGAAGAAACUGACGCCUUCAAAAGUGGAGAACCAGAUAUGGAAGAUCAGACCUCUGAUGAACAGAAUGUUUCAGAUGGACAGGAGAGCCUUGCUGAAAGUUUAGAUAUCUUUGUUAAUAGGUCAAAACUAGUCAGUCCUUCAGGACACUCGGGUGAUAUCUCAAGCUCAGUCAUGAACCACACUGAAGGCUUACAGUCUGACUCAGUCGAUGCUCAGUCUGGGGGCAAAACAAACAAAAAAGAAAAGUUAACUCAAAAAAAGUCAAAUGGAUUUCAAAAGGCCAACGUAAAAGAGAAAACGGGACAGCUCAAGGACGAGAUGGCAAAUCAGCCUCAGGCACAGAAAAAGGAACCCCAGAACAACUGGGACCAAGUUGAGGCCACCAAAGCCAUAUUUGAGUUAGUUAAGGAAAUAACUGGUAACUCAGUCUUCAUUAACAUCGUUGAUGCCAUUCUAAAAGCAGUCCAGCCUUUGGUAAAGAAGAAAAUAAACAACUUUUUAAAAAAGAUGAAUCCCACUGAAGCUCAGAUUGCAUCCUACAUUGACAAUUUCCGGGAGAAGAUAUGGCCGGAAGGAAACGCACCCAUCCAUCCGCCACCUGACAGUGAGGAGAAACACAAGACCAAGGAGAAGGCUUUACAGCUUAUAAGUUCAAAAUAUUCAAACUCUCUAAUUCUCAAGAAGACUGAUGUUGAAACUGUGUUCAAGAUCUUCCAGGACACUGAGGAGAACAAGAAACUGGUUUAUAUGCUGCUGUCGUACAUUCUUGGGGAGUUCCUACCCGGGGAGCCUGCCUUCAGUGCAAUAGCUAAUCUAACUGUGAAGGAUUUUGUUUCAUAAUUGAGUGUAUUUUUUUUAAUGUAAGUUGUCUAAUGUCUUAAAAUGUGCAUUAUUUAAUAUUUUAUGUGUAUAUUCUUUAAGGAUGCAUUGUGAUAUACCUCAGACAGGUCAGCCUUUUACUUUCACUUUGAGCAACGUGAACACUCUUAAGAUUUCUUGAUAUUUUUUUAAAUAAACAAAAAUGCCAGCCUCUGUUAAAUGUAGCAUUUUAACAAAUGUACUGUAAUUGUCACACUUCAAUAAUGUUUUAACUACCAUUUAAAAAAAAAAUCACUGUAUAAGUUCACUUUUUGUUUCAUACCUUAAAAUUGUACACUGUGAAGAACUGACUUUCUGUUUUAAUAAACAGCACAGGUUACUCAGGACAAAACAGAUAAAGUCAUUGUGAUACUGAUGAUAAUUUUUUAUAAGACUUACAGUACGCGGUCUGUGAGGAAUGUAUUCGAACAAUAAUAAUGCCAAUAAAUAUAUUUACUACUAA